AGCAGAGGAACAGAAGUGGAGACAAGAAGAAAAAUGCAAAGUGUGACUCACAGUGAAGACCAGUUGAACACAGCGAUCAGAGCAAGAGAUUAACUGAAAAAACUACGUAAAGUGAAGGAUUCUGGGAGAUAUUUAUUGUCUCUCAGAGGAUCCAUCUGGAGGUUCUGGACACCAAGGAGCAACAUGAAGAUCCUCACGGUCACCUUCUGUCUGCUACCAGCUCUUUGUUGCUCAGGAAAAAUGGAAGUGACUGGACAUGUAGGACAGGACGUCACUGUCCAGUGCUCUCACACUUUGGCACGAAGUAAUGGGAAGUACUUCUGUAAGGGACACUGUUCCAGAGAUGCUGAUGUUCUCAUUAAAACUGAAGAAGGACAAAGGAAUAAGAAGAUUGGGAGGCUCUCACUGUAUGACAAUGGAACGGGAACCUUCUGGGUGACCAUCACUGGACUGAAGAAGACGGACACUGGGACAUACUGGUGUGCAGUGAAACGGUCCAUCAUUGCAGACACUUUCACAGAGGUGUCUCUAACGGUACUCGAUGCUCCUCAUCCUGGUUCUACACCAACCGUCACCCCCACAGCUCCUCAGUCCACAGCAGCCCCACCUGAAACCACUAGAUCCAGCCAGGUUGGAGGACAGACUACAGUUUCAGAUCAAAAAAUACCUUCAGCAGAAACCACACCGUCAAGGACAAGUCUAGGAGCAAGAACUUCGGCAGAUCAGCUGCUUUUCCUCACGGGUGGUCUGGUUGCCAUGGUGAUGCUGCUGGUGCUCGCUAUGUGUGUAUUCGUCAAGCUGCGGCUCAGAUCCAGGAAGUCACAGGAGUCUGGUCCCACCUCCAGCUGGCAGCCGGCAGACACAGCUGGACCGGGGGAGAUUCCCCACACUGAGUACAACAAUACUGAAAUGAAGAAUUUGGACCAGCAGCCAGGUGGAGCCCCUGCCAUAUAUGAAGACCCUCCAGACACGCUGAAUUAUUCCUCUGUCGAAUUUCUCCGAAGUCAAGAAUGUCCAAUCUACUCCAACGUCAUCCGAACCAGAAAGGUCUGCGAAACGCCAGGAGAUGCCACCAGAAGCUCGAACUCAGUGCUAUACUCCAGUGUGAACUUACCAUCUGAUUAACAUCUUCUGCAGCUUCACCUUUUUUAUUGACUACAGUAGCAUUGAUCAACAUGAAAAACUUUUAUAUGUCAAAACAUGUUCAUGAAGUGUGAAAAAACAAGGACAAUUCAAGAAGAGUUUGGCUGGAAAGAAAGCCAGUGUGAAAAGUGUGACCACAGCAACAGGAUGAGGGAGGACCGUGGAGGACCGUGGAGGACCAUGAAUCGAGAAAGAGGCGUUUGGAGGAACCUGAUGCCAUCUCACUAUGAACACGUGAACUGCUUUUCGAGCUCCAUUUUCACAUUCAGACUGGCUGCCAUCUGGCACAAAGAGGAAAGUAGGGAAAAACCUCUCAGAUGGACCAACUUUCUGUCUCCAUGGAGCCAGGAGGAUGGUGUCACACACGGCUCUUAUUGGCGCUGGAUUUGAUCGGAGACAUUUUGUACAUUUUGUUCCUUUUUCGUUUAAUAUUUUUAUCUUCGCAAUGAUCGAGGGCUUCCUUCCUCCCCGAUCUCAGAAAGGUCAGCGUUCACUGAAGAACAGCAGUGCCGUAGAAGAUGAUAUUUCUAAACACGUCACUUGAUCGCGAAGGGAAAGAUGAGUCAAUCACUUUCCUCUGCAGGUUUCAUGCUGCUGUCCGGUAAUGUUCGUCACACCUUGUUUAAUUAACAUUCUACAUAAAUAUGGGCAAGUUUUUUCCACUUUAACCGUUCGUGCCGUGCAGGAGUCAGGCCGUUGGAAUCACAAGGGACUAGUUUGUCCGUCUUUUGCUUGCUCUGUUUCCUUACAUGUGGCUGUAAACGUCUGGAGGUCAUUUCAAUGAAAUUCCACUUUGACGCCACAAUGAUUGUUGGCACUUUGCUGCUCUUCCUUGUUGCAGAGCAUGUUGAAAUGGAGAGUUGAGACAGAAUCCACACUCUGCGCUGUGACUGGCCACGUCCCUGCCAAAGGAGGGCAAAGUCCUCCGCUAAAGUUGUCUGGAACCUGCUGAAGACUAAAUGCUGUGACAAUGGAUUCGAGAAACGGCUCCGAAGGUGGAAGGGGUGGAAACAGUGCGACAUUAACAUGCGGGCAAGACAGGGACUCGUGGUACCGGGUGUCGUCGUUUUCAUUCAGUUAAAACAAUGUUUUGUUCAAACCUUUCUCCUCUUCAUACAGGAGUUAUGAUGGACGUGGCUCUCGACAGGCUGGGUGGAAAAAAGCAGUUUACAAACACCUUCACGGGAUUAAAGUCUUUUUAUUUCCUCUUUGGGGAUGCAGUGGGUUUGG